UUGACAUGCAAUAAUUACUUUUGUAGUCUUCUAGCCAAGCAUAGAAAUUGUUAAUGUCUGCCCUUGAACGAAAUGAACUGUGCAAAAAAUUUCAAGCAAACACAGUCCAACUGUUCACGUAAAAGGGAGGUUGCAUAAGAAAUUCAUUGUGCUUCUGUCCAAGUUUCCCCUCAAAUUGACACAGAUCAACAUGUACUUCACCUCUUUACCACCAAUUAAAAUCAUAAACAAAUGAGCUUUCCAGCAGAGGGCCGACAUGCCCUCUCCACAGAUGGUCAGCAUCACAUGUUACAAUAAUGGCUUGGCACACCACAAGGGUACCAUAUAAAAACGGUGCGACUCACAGCACCUCAACUCCUCAACUCUAAUUGUUCUGUCUCUUUUUCAAGAUGGAUUUCCUUCACAGGAAUGGAGUGCUCGUUAUUCAGCAUUUGCAGAAGGACUAUCGGGCUUACUACGAUUUUCUAAAUUUUAUGUCCAAUGUUGGAGACCCCCGGAAUAUCUUUUCUAUUUAUUUUCCACUUUGGUUUCAACUUAAUCAGACAGUUGGAACCAAGAUGAUAUGGGUAGCAGUCAUUGGGGAUUGGUUCAAUCUUAUAUUUAAAUGGAUAUUAUUUGGUCAUCGGCCUUACUGGUGGGUCCAAGAAACUCAGAUUUACCCAAAUCACUCAAGUCCAUGCCUUGAACAGUUCCCCACUACCUGUGAAACAGGUCCAGGAAGUCCAUCUGGCCAUGCAAUGGGGUCAUCGUGUGUCUGGUACGUCAUGGUAACAGCUGCCCUGAGCCACACUGUCAGUCGGAUGGAUAAGUUCUCUGUCACUCUGCACAGACUGACCUGGUCAUUUCUUUGGAGUCUUUUUUGGUUGAUUCAAAUCAGUGUCUGCAUCUCCAGAGUAUUCAUAGCAACACAUUUUCCUCAUCAAGUUAUUCUUGGAGUAAUUGGUGGCAUGCUGGUGGCAGAGGCCUUUGAACACACUCCAGGCAUCCAGACGGCCAGCCUGAGCACCUACCUGAAGACCAACCUCUUCCUCUUCCUGUUUGCGCUCGGCUUUUACCUGCUUCUCAGACUGCUCGACAUUGACCUGCUCUGGUCCGUUCCCAUCGCCAAAAAGUGGUGCGCCAACCCCGACUGGAUCCACAUCGACACCACGCCUUUUGCUGGGCUGGUGAGAAACCUCGGCGUCCUCUUUGGCUUGGGCUUUGCAAUCAACUCUGAGAUGUUCCUUCUGAGCUGCCGAGGGGAAAACGGCUACAAGCUGAGCUUCCGGGUGCUCUGCGCCAUGACCUCGCUGACCACGCUGCAGCUGUACCAUUUCGUCAAGAUCCCCACGCACACGGAGCACCUGUUUUAUGUGCUGUCCUUUUGUAAAAGUGCAUCCAUCCCUCUGACCGUGGUGGCUCUGAUUCCCUACUGCAUUCACAUGUUAAUGAAGCCGAGCGAAAAGAAAACUAACUAGAGCGAGGAGGUAGUGCUGCGGAGCCUAGGCCCUGGCGUCUCCUCCCCGCACCCUCGGAGCCGCAGCUUCCUCCUCAGAGGUCGCAAGGUGGCGGCCGUCACCCCGCUCCGCCCGCGCGUAGGUUUAGCUUGGCCUUCACCGCGGUUCUUGUUUUGUGCUAGCUUACAACGAUUGAAAACCAGACUCUUUGACAUAAAAACCGGAAUUUCUGUAUAUUUUUAAAAAUUUGACAAUGUGGCCAACACAGGACCUGCCUUCCCUGCCAGAGUGAGUUGCCUGGAAGUGAAGCCGGAUUGUCGCCCGUGGGGAGGCAUGGAGGGUCCAUUUUAUCACAGCCUUCAGCACGGAAACAGAAGACAUCAGGCUGGUCUGCUUCCGGUUCCUGUCAGCAUCUUAGGGUCAAACCCAAUCCCCUCAGUUUUCAAAGAUAAGGAAAUAGAGGUCCAUCCCGGAGAACCAAGGUGCCUGCAGCUACACCACUGUUAGAACGGGAAUUCGAACCCGAGGCUUUCUGAUGCGCAGUCCCAUUACACUGGAUUUUGUUUUUCAUAAUUAAAAAUAUCAGUCAGUGCGAAUGCCUUUUUUGUUUUUUAGGUUCUGUGAUUGCCGUGUAAGACAACUAUUUUUCCAGAAAUGACACUUUAUCAGUUUGACUUACUCCCUGCAUGCAGGGUUUUAACAGAGCCGUAAUGGCUCUAAAUAUGGACAUGUAAGAACAUACGUGGGAAAUGAGCCGGAGGGGCUACUGUCUGGACUUGAACUUCUUCUGAUUUCUGUUGAAGUACUUAGUAAUGCUUCUCAAUAUUUCAAUAAAUUCUGCUCAAGAUACUGUGCCAGAACAUUUACCAAAAAGAUUUAUCUCUUAUUAACCUAAAAAAGGCUUGUCCCUUCACUAUGACGUUCUCAUGCCAAUCUUCCAAAACCAGGGAAAUCAAGUGCCUUUCUCAGUCUCGCUCCAACCAGGAAAACAUUAAAUGUUUAUAUCCAUUUGCUGGAAUUAAUCUUUGUGUGUAAUAAACUGUAAUGGAAAU